CGCCUACCUUUGCUUCAUUUAGCAAUGGUCAUGCUCAAUGUUUUAAUUGUGCUGUUAUAGCUAGGAUACGAUUAUGUUCACUUGCUAGAAACGAAGAAAUAAUUUGAGUGUAUGAUCAACGUACGACUUUGAAAGGGCAGCAACUACUGAAUUUGGGGAAUAUGGCUCUUUGUUCUCAAGGUUCAUUACUUUCAUUGGCAAUAUUGCUACUUGUAUUUAACUUCUCUUGUUCGCAAGAUCCUCUGGAAAAUGGAAAUCAUAAUAUCAAAUCCGCUACUUUCCUCUCUCCUGAGUUUGUAUUGGGACCAGGAUCAGUUGAGAACAGAAAUUAUUUCAAUGUUGACUUCCCAAGAGGUCAUAUUGCUCUCAAGAGCUUUAAUGCUGAAGUAAUUGAUCGGUCUGGGAAUCCUGUCCCCCUCCAUGAAACUUAUCUUCACCACUGGGUCGUUGAUAGAUACUAUCAACGCAAAGAUAAAGCUUCAGCCACUGAGAACAAUCAACGAUCAGAUUAUAAGUUUGCAGGGAACAGUGGAAUAUGCCAGGGUCGUGUUCUUAGACAGUAUUUUGGCCUUGGAUCAGAAACGCGAAAAACGGCUACACAUGUUCCUGAUCCUUAUGGAAUAGAAAUUGGAAAUCCUGCUGAAAUUCCUACAGGAUAUGAGGAGAGAUGGAUGCUUAAUGUACAUGCCAUCGAUACCCGGGGUGUUGAAGAUAGGUUGGGAUGCACUGAAUGCAAAUGUGAUCUUUACAACGUCACGGUGGAUGAAAAUGGUAAACCUUUGAGGCCGGAUUAUACCGGAGGUUUUUAUUGUUGCUAUGAUCGCACACAGUGCAGAAUAAGACCAGGUUUUGAGGGUGUCAAGAGGAGCCUCUACCUACGGUAUACAGUGAAGUGGGUUGACUGGGAUAGUUCAAUUAUCCCAGUUAAAAUCUUUAUAUUUGAUGUCACUGAUACUGGAAAAAGGAUUACAGGUUCAACGGAACUCAGUCCUGAGAAUGGCUGCCAGGUCGAGUAUGAAGUUAUGCCUUGCAAUGGCACUGGUGUGGGUGUCGAUGAAUGUAUUGACGUCAAAAGGACAAGCCUCACCAUGCCUACUGGUGGUUUUGUCAUCUAUGGCGUUGCUCAUCAGCAUACUGGAGGGACCGGUUCAACUCUAUAUAGGCAGGAUGGACGUGUUAUAUGCAGUUCAAUUCCGACCUAUGGAGAAGGAAAAGAGGCAGGAAAUGAGGCUGGUUACAUUGUAGGGAUGUCCACUUGUUAUCCCGAGCCGGGCUCUGUAGAGAUUGCUGAUGGGGAGAAUCUAAUCCUGGAAUCUAAGUAUAGCAGAACUCAAAUGCAUACAGGAGUUAUGGGGCUAUUCUACAUUUUGGUUGCAGACCAAAUACCAAAGGCUAAGCCUUUUUCACACACAAAUCAUGUUCAUAUAAAUGAAGACAUGAAAUCCUCCUCUUAUUCUUGGGCAGUAGCAGUGGUGGCACUGCUGGGACUAGCAAUAGCUAUUGCCAUUACAAUUCGAUAUCAGCUAAAGAGGAAGGUAAAAGAUGGCUACCAACCAAUUAUGGCAUAAAGUUUGUAUUAUUACUACGCCUACCCAAAAAUAAUGUAAACAUAUGCAAUAGUGUUUUGAGCUUUUAUGUAUGGAAAGUAGAAAGCAAAUACGCUUAUGUGUGAAUCAACAAGGGACUCGUGUAGCAAUUGGAAGUCAAUGAUAUCGGAGAGUCUGUAAGAUGAGUUAUAUCAGAAAUCAAUUGGAAGUAAUGAGGUGGGCACUUAGAUGUUCGUGAAAGGAUUGAACCAAAGCCCGUCUACUUGUGGAAUAUUCAACAUCAGUUUUCGUCUCUGUUAA